AUGAAAAAUGCAUCUCUUUUUGCCUUAUCUUUUCUUCUUUUUAUGAGAGUUUUAAAGUUUAAUGAUAUCUCCCAAUUUUCUCUCCACUUCCUCUCUUCAAUAUCUAUCUAUCUAUCUAUCUAUCUAUCUAUCUAUCUAUCUAUCUAUCUAUCUAUCUAUUAUUCACUUAAUAUCUAUCUAUGUUUCUAUCUAAUUCGUUUGUUCAUAUCUAUCUAUCUAUUUCGUUCAUGUCUAAGUCUAUAUCUAUCUCUCUAUCGGUGUACUCUAUUCAUAUCUAUCUAUCUAUCUAUCUAUCUAUCUAUCUAUCUAUCUAUCUAUCUAUCUAUCUAUUAUUCACUUAAUAUCUAUCUAUGUUUCUAUCUAAUUCGUUUGUUCAUAUCUAUCUAUCUAUUUCGUUCAUGUCUAAGUCUAUAUCUAUCUCUCUAUCGGUGUACUCUAUUCAUAUCUAUCUAUCUAUCUAUCUAUCUAUCUAUCUAUCUAUCUAUCUGUGCAUUCUGUUCAUGUCUAACUCUAUAUCUGUCUAUCUCUCUAUCGGUGUACUCUAUUCUUAUCUAUGUUUGUUUCUAUCUAUCUAUCUAUCUAUCUAUCUAUCUAUCUAUCUCAGUCUGUUAA